AUGGAAACACUCUCCACAAGCGAUACCGAUGCAGCCAGCAGUUCUCGACUCACCCGCCAAAAUGCCUCUUCACACCCUACCUGGCAUCUUCUCAAUGGUUCCGGCUACCCGUCAUUUGACCAACCGUCGGGAACGGAAGAUUCUUCGAUCAUCGCUCUUCAGAAUGCUAGCACUGUAUUUCAGAGAAGGCGAGUCAAUCCUGAGAGCCUCGCUCUCCGACUAGGACCGGAUCUCGUCCGUGAUCUUGAGGCACUGAUACACCCUGGAAACAUCGAAAUGCCGUCCUUUGCCGUCCGAAAAGAGCUGCAAGAACGUUACAAUAUCGACAGGAGGCACGUCUAUGAUUACUUUCACAGCCGAGGAUUGCGCGUGAUCAAAGAAGAUAAGAACGGUAACACAAUUGUGCCAAAUGAUCUCGCUCCAGCGCCACGAUCGCCGAACCUCCGCACUUUGCGCCAAGCGCCUUUGAAGGAGUCGCGGAGAGCAACUGCAAACUUGAUAUCGAAAAUUAAAGAGGUCCGGCUUCCAGUGAGGAAGCCUCGUGGAGUUACAAAGGCCAAACCUGGCCGUCCAAGGAAAUACGCCGUUAGAUCCAUUCACGAUGACCCCCUGCCACCCGCAGUAAUCUGUCCAUCGUCUCGCGCAAUCAGUCCACUCCUUCAACCUGACAUCUUUCCUGCGAGCGAUGCAAACAACAACCAUGAGAUUGACAUGAUAGUCAGUGCUGCUGACGAGUCUUACUCAUUUUCACAAGCGAUAGACGAAAUUUCUUACACGCAUUGUGGCCCACCGGUGCUAGCGCUUGAGACAAGCCCACUCCACACCCUGUCCCAAUCGAUGCCAGAUCUGAGAGCAGAUGGGGCUGAAUUAGGUUUAUCGCCACGCACGACUUCUGCCGACCCUUUGUCAUCGAACGCCUGUACACUGUCAGCUACUGAGCGAUCGGCACUUUAUCAACUUCUUUCUGGAGCGUUUGGCACUCAUCGUGACAUCCAGGAAUGCGCCGGAACAUACAGAAAUUACAUGCAGGAACGGUCGCGCCUGUACUACGAGGGACUUCUUGCACUGCCUUACCAAAACUCUCGUUACAAUGACCCAAAACCAGCUUCUUCCGACAAUCGCCAAUCGGUUCCUUCCAAUGGCAGCGAGUAUAGACGCUGGGUUAACCCGGGAGAGUUCUGCAUGACGGAUGACAAAGCUUCUGCCUCCAGGAACAAGCCGGUCAAACUUGGCGCGAGUACGAUCAGGCGGAAAGCACCUCCAGUCCCCUCUUAUACCAACUUUGGCACAGAUACAGAUAACGAAACCCACCCCCUGGACACGUUGUUUCCGAUCCUUGAUUUGAAUAGGACCAGCGUCGAUGAUUCAAUAAGGGAAUCACCUGUUAUCCGCACUCGGCGCCAAUCCUAUGUACCUCUGGAUUUCUAUUUCUUUCCGAACGAGGAAAGGGGUGAGGCUGAGGAUCCCUUUCUGGAUGCCCCACUUAACUCGGGCGCCCCUGACCUUCCCAAACAUUCGGUCUCAUUACAGUCGAAGAUCCGUGGAGGAUCUCUCCACGGACAUCCGGAUUUCCCAGGAUCUCCGCCAUUACUGCCUUCGGCUGAGCUUCAGCAUGUCGAUGUCAACCCUAAGCGCCCCUCCCCCCCGUUACAACAACCGGGUUCCUCACCUGAACGUUAA